AUGGCUAUGAUGUCUCACCGUCUCCGACGAGCCUUACUCACGGCUACUUCCUCUUUCAACCGAUCAAUCUCACUCUCUCCGGUGACUUCUCUCGCACCACCCGCCGAUUUCCCUACUGCCUCGGUGGUGCUACAGAGAUCCGUUCUAGGGCGUUUCACGGGAGUGAAUCGAGCUCCGGCGAGGCUGUUUUCGACGAAGCAGUACAAGCUUUACAAAGAAGGCGAUGAAAUCACAGAAGAUACCGUGCUGUUCGAAGGAUGCGACUACAAUCACUGGCUUAUCACCAUGGAUUUCCCCAAGGAUAAUCCUUUGUCUCCUGAAGAAAUGGUCUCUACCUAUGAGCAUACCUGCGCCAAAGGGCUCGGUAUCAGUUUACAAGAGGCCAAGGAGAAAAUCUAUGCUUGUAGCACAACCACUUACCAAGGUUUUCAAGCAAUUAUGACUGAGCAAGAAUCAGAGAGGUUCAAGGAGAUACCCGGAGUGGUCUUCAUAUUGCCAGAUUCCUACAUUGAUCCUCAGAACAAAGAGUAUGGAGGAGACAAGUACGAGAACGGGGUGAUCACUCACAGGCCACCGCCAAUUCAGCAUAACAGAAGACCCCGUGAUAGGUUCAACUCUAGAUCUGACCGUGGAGGAGGCGGCGGUCAAAACUUCCAAAGAAACGCACAGUAUGGUCAGCAACCGCCAAUGCAAGGUGGUGGAGGGGGCUAUGGUGGUCCUCCUCAGCAUAGCUAUGGGUCUCCAGGACAAGGAGGUCAAGCUCCUCCUCCAUUUCAGGGAGGUUACAACCAAGGCCCUGCGGGAUCUCCACCACCUCCUCCGUAUCAGGCGGCGGGUUACAAUCAAGGCCAGGGGUCUCCCGUGCCACCAUACCAAGGAACACCAGGCGGUUACGGUCAAGGUGGACCUGGGAACUAUAGCCAAGGGCCGCCACAAGGAGGUUACAACCAAGGAGGUCCACAAGGAAAUGGAAACUUGGGUCCUGCACCGGGAGCUGGAAAUCCUGGAUAUGGUCAGGGAUAUUCUGGAGCUGGACAAAUCAGCGGAGGAACAUUAAGGGCAUCUGAUGAUUUUCCGGUCGAUAAGUACCUAAUCGAACUCAAAGACGAGGCGUCAAAGUUACAAUACAUCUUCGAAUACAUAACUUUCAGAGAUCUUCUCAUCGACUGCAACUACCGCGGAGGAGCAAUCGCCGUCAUCAAUUCUCUCCGGACAAGCAUAGACAACUGUUACAUCACACGAUUCGGAAACACGAAUGGGAUUCUUGUCCAAAGCGGACACGAGACUUACAUUCGGAACACGUUUCUUGGUCAGCACAUAACAGCCGGCGGAGACAGAGGAGAGAGAAACUUCACCGGAACCGCCGUGAAUCUGAUGGGAAACGAUAACGCCGUCACGGACACCGUCAUCUUCUCCGCCGCGAUUGGGGUGAUGAUAUCAGGACAGGCAAACUUAUUGUCCGGUGUGCACUGCUAUAACAAAGCAACCGGUUUUGGAGGAACCGGGAUUUAUUUGAGAUUACCCGGUUUGACUCAGAACCGCAUUGUGAAUUCUUACAUGGAUUACACCGGUAUCAUCGCGGAAGACCCGGUUCAGCUACAGAUUUCCGGUACAUUUUUCUUGGGAGAUGCGUUUAUCUUGUUGAAAUCGAUGUCCGGUGUGGUUAAAGGGAUUAAUAUCGUCGACAAUAUGUUUUCCGGGUCGGGUAAUGGGGUACCGAUUGUGAAAUUGGAUGAGUCGAGAAAGGCGUUUCAUGACGUUGACCAAGUGGUGGUGGACCGGAACAGUGUGAACGGAAUGGCAAUGAAAUCGACGGUGGCUAAAGGAUCGGUCGAUGGAAACGGGACGUCUUGGACCGUUGAUUUUAACCCGGUUUUGUUGUUCCCGAAUUUAAUCAAGCACGUGCAGUACACGCUCGUAGCUGACGGGUUUCCUGUUCACGCGCUAAGGAACGUUUCGGGUAAUCGAGUUAUGGUUGAGACAAAUGCUCCUGUUACUGCAACAGUUUAUGUAACAGUCGAUCAAUGA